AUGUCUGACACCUACUGUUUUCUUCUAGCUUUUGUGAUUUCUAGGUUACCAGAUGACCUCGUGCAGCUACUGCUGAAGAUCGUCAUGAAGGAAUCGUCGAGCUUACUGCGCGAGUGCACGACGCCGGACCACGUCGAAUUCGACAGAAUCCUUGCCUCCGUUCCCAUGACGUCGGUUUGUCUGCAGUACAUGAUGGCACUGCAGAGCCAUCUGUUGAGGAAUAUCGUGCUCUACACUGCUGCAGAGAGCGGGGGUGUAGCUGUGCAACCUAAGCCCAGCAGUCCUUCUCUGCAGAACAUGCAAGCACACAUCAUACAGUAUGCGAAGAAGGUCUUCUCAGGAACAGAGGAGGUGCUGGAGACGCUGCAUGAAGUCUGCAACGCGCUCAUCAACAGUGGCGCCGCCGACCUUGAGUGGCGUCUGCAGGGACUUGAGCGCAUUGCCAAGGCGACAGCGCUCGGUCACCUGCUGCCGGUGCUGAUCAGUUCGCUGACGCACUACAACGCGUGCUGCCUUGGCAUGGCUGACAAACUGAUGCCUCAGCUAGUGCAGCUCAUCAUCCUUACUAGUCAGGCAGCGUUACUGUUAAAGAGUCAGGUACAAGCCAUGCGAGACACUGAAGCUUUUGUCUCAUCUACGGACAUGUUGCAGAUUAUGGAAGGUUCACUGAGUCUUCAGAACUAUGAGGUCGGCGAGAAGGAAGAGUGUGGAUUUCUCGCCGGGUUGAAGAUCCCUGCACCGUGGGCGACGGGUAAGAGUGUGGAGAGCUCGCACCCACUGCGCGACAAUUACAAGUUCAAGGAGACGGUGCACAUCCCCGGCGCGCGCUGCCUCUUCCUACGAUUCGACAUACGAUGCUCCUCGCAGUACGACUACGACAAGCUCAUUCUCUACGCGGGUCCGGGACUUAACUCACGUAAGGUGGCAGAGUACGGAGGCAACACGCUGGGUUUCGGCAGCCGAAGCGUGCUAGGCUCUGGCUGGCCCAAAGAUCUAGUCAAAGUAGAGGGCGAUACCGUCACUUUUUCGUUUGAGAUGAGGAGUGGCCGCGAGCAUAAUACGCCCGACAAGGCAAUGUGGGGCUUUCUAGUCACUGUCCGUGCUCAGUCUAUCUUUGAAACUAAACCGAUUAAAAUUAAAGAUGGCCCGCCAAGUCUCACGACGAGGACGCAUGCCAGGCAGCUGCUCAAAUCACGCCUGCUGCAACGGUGUCUCUGGCAGCGAGAGCACGGCAACCUCAUCGCGCCAAUGGAACUCGUCGGCAGCAGCCUCAGUGCCACCAUACGAGAAGAAUCGGAACUAAGCGCCAAUGCCGCAGUGCUCCCGAGGAUCAAGCUUCCCAGCGAGGUCAUGCAGAGGUUACGGCAACUCUCCGGCUUUGCUGCUCCCCAGUUCCGGCCGAGCAUACGCGAGGUCAUAGAGCCGGAAAAGAUCGAGGAGAGCAUAGUGUCGGCCGUCGUCAAGCAUCUCGGUCUCGCUGACACGGUGCGCCACCUGGUGGCGAUUCAGCAGCACGACAGCGAGGAGUAUUGUCUUCUCUGCGUCGUUCUCAUCGACACUUACCGCAAGAUGGACUCGCUGCUGCGGCAGUUACAGACGAUUGCCGAGCUGGAGCAGCGGUGGCAGAACGAGGUUAACGACAUCCGACAGGGCAUGAUGCCGGCUAGCAUGUCCUUCUUCGCCGGCUACCAUCUCACCGAGAACAAAAGUAAAGAGUUGGCUCUGCUCUGCUAUCUAAAGGAAGUCGAAUGGGAUCCAAUAACUCAGGAGAAUUGUGUCACGAAUCUAAGAGGGCUGCUGGAGAUAGAAGCUUCAUCACCAUCUAGAGAGCCACCCGUGACAAUGCAGAAAACACGGAAGCUGGUUGCUAGCGUCCUAGAGAGAACCGAACUCCUGCUGCACGUAACCAUAGCGACGGAUGCCAGACAACAAGAGAGCAUGGCGCAGAGUCUCACGCAAAUACCCGAUGCCACAUCACGAAUCAGCCCAGAGCGACCACCGCCAACCUACGGCAGGAGCGUCUCGUUCAAUGGCACACAGAGUCUAGAUGACAGCACUAUUGACAUCCAUACUCUGAGACGGAAGCGGCAGAGGAAGGGACCGGUUGCUGUUCUGCAGGACCUGGCGGGCAGCGAGGAGGGGGAGAAGGAUCAGCCUGCUCACGCCCUCCUCCUCGACCAGCUCUUCUCUUUCGUAGGAAGCAAUCCCGAGCGAGCUGUGGCGUGCCAGAGCUUCCUGUCGGCUGCUCAGGUGAGGUGGCGCCGCGGUCACACACGCAAACAAGCGCUGGUGCACAUGAAGGAGCUGCUAACGGCAGCCUGCAGAGUAGGGGGCGCCACUCAUCUAGUUGCUGCGGUGACGUCCGUCCUGCAGCAUGGGCCCAGGAUAGAGGAGCUGACGUGCGGUGGCAUGGUGGAGGAGGUUCGGGAGGCGUUCGCGGAGACGAUGGCUUCCGUCGUGCAGCUGUGUGCGAGGUACCCCCUCGCCUGCUGCAACAGCAUCGGCCUCCUCUGCAUCAUCCCCUACACGCGGAACGAGGAGAAGUGUCUUGUGCGCAGCGGUCUUGUUGGACUCCUCGACAAGCUAUGCAACAUGAGCGCAGGCAAGACGGAGGCGCCCUCCGCCAGCGUGCAGAGUCCUCACCACCUGGUGGCACUGAUGGCCUGGGCGGGCUUCCAGGUGCUAAGCAGCAGAUGCGUCACGUGGGAGAAGGACGAGGGUUUGUUUGAGGAGGAGUUGGAACACUCCGGCUUGGCCUGGCAGGUGUCAGCACUGCUGUCAAAUCACCUGACGCGUGCAACCGAAAACAGCGGCAAUGAAGCGGCGGGCAAUGAGGCCCUACAGGAGGUUCUGAACCUGCUCAACAACCUGUCCAGGAGCAACAUGGGAAAGGCGAUACUGAGUCAGCCGGCAUGCGUGUCGAAGCUGCUAUCGCUGUUACUUGACCAGCGUCCAUCGCCCAACCUCAUUCUCAUCAUCCUACAGCUGUGCCGGGUCGCUCUGCCUCUCAUGAUGGCAACCGACUGCGCAAAGGUGGAGCUACCGUCUUGGAGUCGGAAUGUCACAGCAUACGCAUCGGACGUUGACCUUUCUGAUCCGCCAGCAAAGAUCGCUAGUCUCCUACUAGCUAAACUGGGUGACUUUGUAGUUCCAGGAUCGCGGCUGACGACGAGUCAGCACUCGGCGGAUGCUCUCAUGCAGGAGGCUGCGGGUCGGCAGAAGAUGGAGAAGGAAGCUGACGCUCAUGACGGCAGGCUAUCGGUGUUCCUGCACAAGAGAGAGGACCAGUCGUCGCACGAGGUGCUUCAACCUCUACUCAGCGGCUCAGACAGCCCGUUCCGGCUCACGAGCGGCGCGAACAUGGAGAAGAUCGUGCGCAUGGACCGCGACAUGACCAAGCAUGGCAAGACGGAGAUCUUCACCGAGGACGCGGUGUCGGCGCUGCGACGCGCUGCCAAGAUGGCGCAGGCGGGCAUGAUCGUCAGCACCGGCCCGCUCGUCGAGGCGGCGGCGACGACGGGGGGCGGCGGCGGCGGCGGUGGCGGCGGGCCGGAGGGAGGCGAUCGUAAGAAGAUGGCCGUCGAGGCGGUGUGCAAGGACAAGAACAGUGAGCUGGCAAGGAUGGACCCCGUACGGCCGUUCAUCAGUGGUCACGUGGCAAACAGCAUGGCGACGGAGGUGAUCGCGCUGCUACACAGCCUGCUGACGGCCCCGGAGACCAGCGCAGCGCAGAUAUGGACAUCUGCCGUGAAACGCGUGUUAUCAAACGCGCUGUCGUGCGUGCCGCUGCUCGUGCAGCAGUGUGAGCACAUGAGCAGCAAGGCGUGCAAUGUACCGAUGCUGCUAGCGAUGGCGCGCCAGGCAGCCGGCGCCCUCUGCGCUCUCGGGGGAUUCCACGAGACCAUCAAGCCGGGAUCGAAAGUCCAGGUGAUUGGCGAUGGCAUUCACCUGUCUACGGGUAGUGUGCUGCGCGUCGCUGAGGCGCAGGGUAUGGCGACAGUCUUGCUUGAUAUUCCACCCGACUACUCCUACCCACGAGCCAGCGAUACGAUUGAGCUGCCGAUCGCUAGACUGGUACCGCCAUACAACGAGAUGCUGCCGCUCGGUAAGCUGUCGAUCACGCGGAAGGUCAUCGACGCGUUGCUUGCGCUACUGGUGGGACGCGACGGACGCUCACCGCUGCUGACUCCGCUGCCCAUGCACGGCGACGGAACCAGCAUGGUGCUAGCCACCGCACGUGUCAUCGCUGAGAUCAGGACGAGGGCAUGCAUGGUUCUGGCAGCUUAUUUGAAGGAUGUGUUCUUUGCGAGUGCGUUUAUCCAGCACUCGGUCAUGGCUGUUGAUGUCAUCAAGGCUCUAUCUACUGAGUGUAACAUUGGUGAGUCUAGCUUGCCAUGUGUGAAGCCCUUUACGUGGGACACGGCGCGCAUCUUCCCACCCGUGCGCGCCUGCCUCUUCUCGCACAGCCUCACGGGAGUGACGUUUCUCGGGGAGCCGGGGACAGCGAGUGGCCUGCCGCGGGGCACCUUGGUCUACGCCAACCAGCCGAUUCCCCCCCAGGCGACGUCUUUCUACUUUGAGAUCGAAAUCUGCUCAUUCGGCGAGCUUCAGGAUGACAGCGGACCAAUCAUAUCGUUCGGUUUCGCUCCGCCCGCAGAACGGAAGGAUGGCUCGUGGACGAACCCUGUUGGCACUGUGAUGUUUCACAACAAUGGCCGCGCGGUCCACUACAACGGCUCGAGCCUGCUGCAGUGGAAGAGUGUGAGACUGGACGUGGCGCUGACCGCCGGAGACGUGGCCGGAAUCUUCUGGCAGCAGGAGGGAGAGGAGCCGCCUCCUGGGCAACCAGCAGAAUAUAACAGCGACCAGUGCCUUGUCUAUCGGCUGGAGAAGAGUUAUAGCAACCUGCUAACGACCGGGCCAGACCCGCACCCAGCUCUCUGCCUCGCUGACGACACUGAGGAGUCAGAGGUGCAGGAGGAACCCGAAGAGGAUUACUACGCGCUACUAGUGAAGGCCUGGGAGCAGAAGAUCUUCCCUGUCAUCCGCCGUCGAUUCCGCAACGAAGCUGAGAGAAAGGAUGGACUGGAGCAGAUUAAAGGAGCACUCCAGCUGGGAAUGGUGGACAUCGCACGGCAGACAGUCGAGUUCCUGUACGAGGAAAAUGGCGGCAUGCCUCGCGACCUUCACCUUCCCAACAUCGAUGACAUCAAGGAGGAAGCUGCCAAGGUCACGGUCGAUCGUGUUCACAAAGGUAUGGCGGUUGUUAUUCAGAAUCCCGGCUCUACGGUGCUGCCACCUUUUGCCGUGCGCGGCAUGCUAAGGAUGUUCGGACUCACGGGCGUCGUCCUUGACGUUGACACGCAACACGAGCUGGUGCAGGUGGAAGCGUACCUGCGCAGCGACGGUGUGCUCGUCCGCUAUUGGUUCCCGCUGCACAUGCUGGAGCGCCCCCAGCAGGGACAUCGGCGAACUACGGUCACCGGGUCACAGGUGCUUGACGUGUCGAACAUCAACAUACACAGGGAGCUGCUUGGCUGUGAAGCGGACCUCGCGCGGAUGUACUGCCGUAGCGCCCUCCUACAGCUGAUUGAACAAUGCAGCACCCCACAGCCGCCACAAGUCUGUGACAUCGUCGGCUUCGCGGCGACGAUGGCCGCCAGCACGUCGCUGCUACAGGAGCUCCAUGUUGAGAAUCUGCAGCUGCUGUCAAACGAACUGCUGAUCACUGCACAGCCCGCCGGCCCGCUCACAUGCUGCUCCCUGGUGGCGUCGCCAUCGCUGCGACAGACGCUCGCGCGACACUCGUGUUCGGCUAGCGAUGUGUUUUACGGUGAUCAGCGCCGCCUGAAGAGGGAGUUGGAGGCAGUGAUCGAGCGUGUGGCGGGACAGGGGGAGCAGUGCCUCAUCGAACUCACCAACAACAUCUGCGUGUGCCUGCAGAUUGCGCCGGAGGAUUUUCCGAGCGAGGAGAUGCCGGUGACGGAGGGGAAGCUGGCGACGGACGUGAGCAUCCUCGGCGCAUCCUUCCUCAUCGUCUCCUGCUUGCGCGACCCGAAGACUGCCACCAGCAACGAGUACGUGCCACCCGUCAGCGGAAAGGCACAUUUCAUGGUGCCUUUCAAUAAAGUGAUAAAGAUGGACAUGCUGUGGUUCCACCGCGCGCUCACCAUGUCACAGAUGCUGCGGCACCUCGCAUACGACGAUACGCAGGGGGAGGGCAUGACCGCAGAUGCGGUGACAGACGCCGCGCAGAUGAUCGCCACGGUAACGGCUCCCUGCCGGCUCCUCAUCGUCACGGGAAUCCCGAUCGCGCUGGAGCAGGAGUUUGUGAAGCAGGCGAUACGCAAGGCGAGCAGUGCCGCCGGCGGUCUGUUCCGCGACGAGGUCUGGGUGCUGAGCACGGACGAUCCCGGGCUGCCACGACGUGACGCCAUCAACGAGGCAGCGCGUCGUGCUGGAAGUCCGGGGGGUGCUCACAAACGCGGAAUCAAAGGCUGCGCCGUGCUGGAAGUUCGCUCCAAGUGCAAGGUGGAGUCCUGCAAGAGGGCGCUACUGGGCAGCCGCGAGUUUCUGGCGGGCAUCUCGGACGACAUGCUCGACGUCGCAGAGAUGGAGGUGCUCACCGUUGCCACGGUUACCGCUAACCUGCUGACAGAGCCCCCUGCUGGCGUGGUGCUGGAGGAGUAUCUCUACUAUAAGCUGAUGCUCGGGGAAGGCAGUUUGUCGGACCCGGCCAUGACAGCCCUCACGGAGAUUUUCCACAGCUGCUUCCUCUGUGAGCACACUCUGACCUUCAGUGACCCCAAGCAGGACUCUGGUUACAUCUGCCUCACCAAGGACCAGAUCAUGAGUCAGAGCCCAGGAAACCUUAUGUACGCGUUCUGCGCGGCAGUGCGAUCGCCAAAGAAAACACUGCAGGAGCAGGUCAGCUAUCUACUAAGCACAUACGGCAUCACAAAACAUGAGUCUCAGGCCAGCAAAGACGGCCGGACAGUGGUCAAGAGACCGGGCAAGCCCAUGAAGGAGAAAUCUGGCUUUGGUCAGAAGUAUGUCGUCGAGGUCAAGGACAGGAAGAUGAAGGUCAAGGAUGUGACCUUGGAGAAGCAGAAGGAAAACCUGAUGGCAGUCGCUGCGGCAAGGAGAGAUACGGGGAAAGAGGGCGAACGCAGGCUAUUAACGCUGGAUGGCCUGGCACAGUUCGUCUGCGACAAGGCCAAACUAGACUGCAAGGUCAUCUGGAGGGCAUUGCUGUCAUGUGGCUAUGACAUUCACUUUGACAGGUUUUCGUGCAUCGACGUGGCGAGCGGUCCGCUGAUCUCCUGUUUUGCAGACAUUCCAAUAGAGGGCGCCAGGCUGCGCUUUGCCAUGCUGCAGACUCUCGGCAGCGUGCUCGAGUCGUUCCUGCUCCCCCUGGUGGACCUUCGCGCCGCCGAGGCUUUCCCGCAGAGCACUGCCGCGUUGCUACGGCGAUGCAGCAGCCUCAUCUUCUACGACAACAAGGUUGCAUUCAUGAACCGCGUACUCAACGCGACGGCGCAGCGAAAGUCGGACCAGGCUGCUCCUGAGAUCACGCUCGACCCUCUAGAGGUCAUCGGUGCGGAGGUCAGCGAGGUGACGGGCACACAGUUUGCGCAGGCUAUGCGACAGCUGGGAUCGGUGCCUUCCAGCCAGCUGUGUGUGAGGCUGGCCAGCGGGGGAGACCCGGUGUACGCGUUCAACGUACGCUACACGGGCGAGGAGGUGCACGGAACCAGCGGUUCGUUCCGGCACUUCCUCAGCCAGGUAACGCGAGAGCUGCACAGCCCGCUGCUGUCGCUGCUGCUGCCGUGCCCCAGCGGCGCGGUCGGACGCAACAAGGGCAUGUACGUGCUGCGGCCCGGAGCGAUGUCGUGCGCAGAGGAGAGGCUACUCGUCUUCUUCGGACAGCUUCUGGGCAUCACGGUGCGCGCCGACAUUCCGCUAGCACUCGACAUGCUGCCGGUGUUCUGGAAGGCCAUACUGUGUUGCCACAUCGACGUGAACGCUGAGCUACCAGAAGUAGACCUUCUCACCGACAAAUACUGCAAGAAACUGCUCUCCCUGGCUACGGAGCAGGACUUCAGUGAGAUGUGUGAGCAGGAGGGUGGGCAGGUGAGGUUCGUGUACAGGACGUUGAGUGGAGAUGAGGUUCAGCUCUGUCCCAACGGACAUAACACCUUGCUGAGUUGGCACAACAGGCAGCAGUUUGUAGAGGCAGUGUUGGGACUUCGUGCGACCGAGCUAACGAGCAGAGAGCGCGUCACUGCGAUACGGGCUGGCAUGGCUUCCAUCAUCCCUCUUCAGCUUCUCACGAUCAUGUCUCCAGCUGACAUGGAGCUAAGGACCUGCGGAAAAUUCUUUGUCAAUCUCUCAUUCCUCAAGACACAUACCAUGUAUCAAGUCGGGCUGACAGAGUCUGACAAACACAUCGAGUACUUCUGGAACGCGCUGGAGCGGUUCUCGCAGGACGAGCUCUGCAAGUUCGUCAAGUUCGCGUGCAACCAGGAGCGCAUCCCGAUGAUGUGUCCCUGUAGAGACGGCAGCCAGGAGACGGCGCACGUGCCGCCGUACCCGAUGAAGAUAGCACCACCUGACGGCAGAGCAGGUUCCGCGGACAGCCGCCACGUGCGCGUGGAGACGUGCAUGUUCAUGGUGAAGCUGCCGCAGUACUCCUGCCAGGAGGUGAUGACAGAACGCCUGCUCGCCGCCAUACACUCCCGCGACGACCCCCUCAGCGGCUGAUGCCGGCGCCCCCUGACGGUGCGGCCUGCAGCGGCUGAUGCCGGCGCCCCCUGACGGUGCGGCCUGCAGCGGCUGAUGUGAAGGCGGGGAUGGCACCACUGCACGGAGGAUUCUCACGUCGUCAAUAGUCAAAAUGUCACUGCACUUGAUUUAGUGAAUUUUAACUGGGACCUGUCGGUGCGCAGGACAGUGGUCUAUGCAGCAGGUGCUUACGUCACAGGAUGCACUCGUGUAAUUAAUUGACCUAUUUACGUGCCGUGAUUGAUUGACAGGCAGCUCUAGCCAAGCACUGUUGUGAUACGACGUUCUAAAUGACAAUGCUUAGCAACAAAAUGCUGCAAAGGCGACAUUUCUAGCGUCAAGUCUAGCUUCACAGAUCUAGCAGCAAUAGGGGCAAGGUUGUCUUGCGCAGACGGAUAUAAUAGGCCAAAUAUUCGUCAAAUGAGAGAUUUAUCCAAGCACGGUUGAAUGCACUAUGCGCGUGUCAAUGUCACGUGAUUGCGCGCGGACGAGUUGGUGGCCAAAGACGUGAAAUUAAAUGGUUUUUUUGCAAGAUUGUUUUAAAUACCCGUCUAGGUUACGUUUCGUUGCAAGUGUCUGUAUGCAAUUCGUUAUAUAUAUAUAUAUAUCAAGAGUCCGUAAUAGAAAAUCUUUUCUAUUAUGGACUCUUGAUAUAUAUACACACACAUAGUGAGUGAUGCACAGUGAUAUUUCAAUCCGACAAACUUGUGUAAAUUGUGAAAUCUGUGUUUAUUUUAACCCGACAAACUUGUGUACAUCUGUGUUGACGACAGCAUUGAAGUUGCGUAAAGAGUUCAUUUUAGCGUCGGGUUCUCUUACACAGAGAUUCAGUCAUUUGUCAUGCGCCAGUCGUAGAUGAUGGGGGGAGGGGGGCGGGUUGUUCUGAGUUGUACUAAUACUCUCUCUCGCACGUUUGAAACCAGAGACUUGAACCGUGAGCCCGUGUAUUGAAUCUCGGC